AUGUCAACGUCAACAGAGGACAUCUCGACCGAAAAAGUGCGGCAUCUAAGGACCGUCAAAAUAAGGACCCAGGCUUUGGCACCAAAAGCAAGCCAAACGCUGACCCUCCAGCAUCAAAACGAUGCGAUCCACAAGGUGGUCGAGAAAUACUCUGCGAGAGAUUUGGUAGACAGCGACAAGCAGGAGAGCCAAGUCGAGGACCAUGUCACAUCACACAUGUCCACGUCUACAUCACCCCUAACCGUGUUGGAGCAAGCCACUCAGCAGGGCCAAAGCAAGAUCGCAUCGACGGGGGCGGCGCGGGCCGCACCUCCUCCCGACUCUGUUCCGAGUAGGAGAUUGCGGAACAAGUUGAGGAUGAUGAGGUUCUCGAACAAGAGCCUGUCAAAGUCAGAAAACACCGUGGCGGACGGUAUAGAGGCGGUUAGCAGCCGCAAGAGUUCGAAAACGUUUUGCGCCAUGAAGGGGGGAAACGACAAUCGCCAGAAUGCACCAACGGAGAACAAGCAGUUGUCAGCAGCCAGUCAAGCCAGGUUGAAAGCUGGCUGCAGCACGUCAACGACCCUGGUGAACAGCGACUCCGAAGGCGGCGACACCGGAGGUCGUUUGAAAAGAGACGUGCUGAGUAAGCGUGUGCUAAAGUGCGCCACCGACGGCAAGCAGAUUGCGGGGAGCGUGGCUCGGUGGUAUUGGAAAGCCAUAUCACCUUGCUUUGAUCCGACAUCGCCUGCCAGAAAGCGACUUGAUACCAACGAGUCAACCUGGACUGACGUUGGGAUGUUUCUCUUUGCGCUGAGUAGCGGAUUCGUGCUAUUGGCGACAGCGGUCCGGCUCGCGCAGGGGAUUGCGUGGGUGAUGCAGAUGGUGCAAGGCUUGCUGGGGGGUUUGAUUGCGAUUCUCGGUUCCUGA